AUGGCUUCAUCAGAACUAACCACGAUUCCAGGGAGUCUAGAACAUGUGCGCAUCCAGGCUCUUCCUUCGAGUGCUUUCUACAUCGCAGAAUUCAUUACUAUUGACGAAGAGCGGAUGCUGCUGGAAAAGAUAGAAACAGCUCCCAAACCCCGAUGGAAGCAGUUGUCCAAAAGGCGUUUACAGACCUGGCCUUCCGAUCUUACCAACAAUACACUCCUUGACAGCCCUCUCCCAAAAUGGCUCACGGAACCAGUCAUAACUCGACUCCUGACCUUGCCGAUUACUGCAUCGAAGCCCGAUCAUAUCUUCUCUGAAAGUCCUCACGGCGCUCCAAACCACGUCUUGAUCAACGAGUAUCUGCCAGGUCAAGGCAUAAUGCCACAUAAAGAUGGUGGAGCGUAUUAUCCGGUAGUUUGCACAGUCUCUUUGGGGAGCCCACUAUGCCUCGAUAUAUAUGGCACAAAGGAUGACGGUUCUCGGGAGGCUGAACCAAAGUGGAAGAUCUUACAGGAACCUCGCAGUCUUCUUAUCACAACGGACCAAAUAUAUGCGGACUUUAUGCACGGUAUUGCAAACGUUACAGAUGACGUAGAUCUUGGCUCAUCUACUGUAGCAAACUGGGAUCUCUUGCGGACAUCUUCUAACAUCCAGAAUCAUCGAUCUGAACGGAGGACCCGGCUUAGUCUCACAUACAGGGACGUCCUAAAGGUGUCGAAGCUUGGUGGUACAUUGGGCAGCAUGUUUGGCAAACGCUGA